AGCUAUUUACAAUAUAUAUUAAUGAUCUGGAUGAGGGAAUUGAAGGCAAUAUCUCCAAGUUUGCGGAUGACACUAAGCUGGGGGGCAGUGUUAGCUGUGAGGAGGAUGCUAGGAGACUGCAGGGUGACUUAGAUAGGCUGGGUGAGUGGGCAAAUGUUUGGCAGAUGCAGUAUAAUGUGGAUAAAUGUGAGGUUAUCCAUUUUGGUGGCAAAAACAGGAAAGCAGACUAUUAUCUAAAUGGUGGCCGAUUGGGAAAGGGGGAGAUGCAGCGAGACCUGGGUGUCAUGGUACACCAGUCAUUGAAGGUAGGCAUGCAGGUGCAGCAGGCAGUAAAGAAAGCGAAUGGUAUGUUAGCUUUCAUUGCAAAAGGAUUUGAGUAUAGGAGCAGAGAGGUUCUACUGCAGUUGUACAGGGUCUUGGUGAGACCACACCUGGAGUAUUGCGUACAGUUUUUGGUCUCCAAAUCUGAGGAAGGACAUUAUUGCCAUAGAGGGAGUGCAGAGACGGUUCACCAGACUGAUUCCUGGGAUGUCAGGACUGUCUUAUGAAGAAAGACUGGAUAGACUUGGUUUAUACUCUCUAGAAUUUAGAAGAUUGAGAGGGGAUCUUAUAGAAACUUACAAAAUUCUUAAGGGGUUGGACAGGCUAGAUGCAGGAAGAUUGUUCCCGAUGUUGGGGAAGUCCAGGACAAGGGGUCACAGCUUAAGGAUAAAGGGGAAAUCCUUUAAAACCGAGAUGAGAAGAACUUUUUUUCACGCAGAGAGUGGUGAAUCUCUGGAACUCUCUGCCACAGAGGGUAGUUGAGGCCAGUUCAUUGGGCUAUAUUUAAGAGGGAGUUAGAUGUGGCCCUUGUGGCUAAGGGGAUCAGGGGGUAUGGAGAGAAGGCAGGUACGGGAUACUGAGUUGGAUGAUCAGCCAUGAUCAUAUUGAAUGGCGGUGCAGGCUCGAAGGGCCGAAUGGCCUACUCCUGCACCUAAUUUCUAUGUUUCUAUGUUUCUAUGUAUCUACAACUUGUUCUUGUGCUUCCCUCAGCUGUUCCAAAUGACUCCAGUUCAGUCAAUGCUUCUGGCAAUCUCGGUCCUCUUCUCCCUCUGCUGGUUAAUUCGCGACAACCUGCACCUGGGAAAUAUCCAGGAGAAAUACGUCUUUGUGACCGGAUGUGACAGUGGGUUUGGAAACCUGUUGGCGAAGCAACUGGACAAGCAAGGGUUCAACGUGAUCGCUGCCUGCCUGACAGCGGGCGGCAUGGAAGGGCUUCAGAUAGACGUCUCGGCUAGGAUGAGAACAGUGCAGCUGAACGUGACCAACCCGGACCACAUUAGGGAGGCCGUGGAAUUCGUACAGUCAGAGGUUGGAGACCAAGGUCUCUGGGGUUUGGUCAACAACGCUGGAAGAGCCAAUCCCAUAGCCCCCACCGAAUGGCUCAGGGUGGAGGACUUCACCAAAGUGUUGGAGGUGAAUCUGAUUGGACUUAUUAACGUCACGCUUCACCUACUGCCGCUGGUGAAGAAGGCCAGGGGAAGGAUCGUGAAUGUUUCCAGUGUGAUGGGGCGGAUCUCGUUUGCUGGAGGCGGCUACUGCAUGUCCAAGUGCGGAGUGGAGUCUUUCUCAGAUGUUCUCAGGAGGGACAUGCAGCACUUUGGAAUCAAAGUCAGCAUUAUCGAACCCGGCUUUUUUAAAACGGAGACUACUAACUUAGAAAUCAUUGAGAAAAGCUUACAGCAACUGUGGGAGCGACUCAGCCCUGAAACCAAGGAACACUACGGGGCAAAGUACUUUGAUAAUUACAUUCGAGUGCAGCGGUUUUCCAUGCUCUCUCUGUGUUCCUCUGACCUGAACAAGGUGACAGGCUGCAUGCAACAUGCCCUGACGGCUCAGUAUCCCCGCUCGCGGUACAGUGCCGGCUGGGACGCCAAGCUCUUCUGGAUCCCGUUCUCCUACGCACCGUCCUUCAUCGCCGACUACUUGUUGUAUUUGCUGCUUCCCGCACCUGCCGCCAGCUCCAUGAAAAGAAAAGGCAGGAACCAAGUGGACGUAUAAUUACCAAGGGAACUGAGAAACAGUGCGCGACGGUAGAGUUGCUGCCUCACAGCGUCAGAGACCCGGGUUCAAUCCCGAUUAUGGGGGUUGUUUAUACUGAGUUUGCACGUCUUCCCUGUGACAGCGUGGGGUUUUCUCCGGGUGCUCCGGUUUCCUCCCACACUCCAAAGGCGUUCAGGUUUACAGGUUAAUUGGCUUCUGUAAAUUGUCCCUACUGUGUAGGAUAGUUCUAGUGUACAGCUGACCACUGGCCAGCGUGGACUUGGUGGUGAGGGCCUGUUUCCGUGCUGUAUCUCUAAACUAAACUUUAAUCUAAGCUGAACAAAACAGAUUUAAGUUGAGGGGGAAAAGAUUUAAUAGGAACCUGAGGGGCACGUUUAUACACAAAGGGUGGUGGGUGUAUGGAACGAUGUGGUAGUUGCAACAUUUAAGAAGCAUUUAAACAGGUGCAUGGAUCGGACAGGUUUAGAGGGAUAUGGGCAAAUGCAGGCAGGUGGGUCUAGUGUAGAUGGGGCAUGUUGGUCGGCGUGGGCAUGUUGGACCACAGGGCCUGGUUCAACGUUGUAUGACUCUAUGAAUCUCUGCUACUAUAACUCUACCUCGCACCAGCAUGGACUAUAUAUCCCGUUACUAACAGAUAGCCUUUCUUCUCUGUUUUCAACUGGGCACCUUAGAUCAUCUUUAUGAGUAGUCUACGUAGAUGAGGUCUGCUUAGUAUCCCUGCAGAACACAAGUUUGAAACUCAGGUGUGAAUUGGUAAAGUCUAUGACAGUGAGAUGUGGCCAAUCUUCCUCAUCUUGCUCAGAUAUGUGUGGUUACGUUUUAACUCUGAAAGUGUUUCAAAUAUAGAAUAUAGACACAAAGAGGCUGGAUACUAAAAAAAAUACAUCAAGUAGUGGAGUAACUCAGUGGGUCAGGCAGCAUCUCUGGAUAGAUGAUGCAGGAUCCAGACAUGAAACGUCACGUAGUCAUGAUCUCCAGAAAUGCUGCCUGACCUGCUGACUUACUUCAGCACGUGUAUGCUUAUUAAUUGUACUUAGCCAAUGAAUAAUGCAAGUGUAAGAAUCAGAAUUUUUUUUUGGUGUUGUUUAGAGAUACAGCACGGAAACAUUCCUUCAGCCCACCGAGUCCAUGCCGACCAGCGAUUCCCCGCACGCUAACAUUAGUCCCACAUACACUUGGGACAAUUUACAUUUAUACCAAGCCAAUUAACCUACAAACUUGUACGUUUUUGGAGAGUGGGUGGGAAACCAACAAUAUCUCAGAGAAAACCCACGCAGGUCACUGGGAGAACAUAACAACUCCGUACAGACAAGCACCCGUAGUCAGGAUCGAACCCGGAUCUCUGGAGCAGUAAGGCAGCAGCUCUACCGCUGCGCCACUGUGCCACCCUAUUUAUCUAUUUGUUGAAACUUCGAGUUCAGUUAUUAUAUUACAAAUUAAAGUGUCCCCAACAUUGGACAUAUUGAUUGAUAAAUAUUUUAUUGAUAUGCGUUCCAGCUGUUUUUUUGUCCACAAAAAAAGGUACUACUUUUUUCAGCUAUUUACGACCUCAGGGCUGUAGGAAUACUCAUUUAUUUUGAGAGGACUAGAAUGCAAAAACCGGGAUGUGAUGCUGAGGCUCUAUAAGGCUGGUUAGACCGCAUUUGGGAAUAUUGUCAGCACUUUUGGGUCCCAUAUCUGGGGACGGAUGUGCUGGCUCCGGAGAGGGUUCAGAGGAGGUUUACGAGAAUGAUCCCAGGGAUGAGUGGGUUAAUGUAUGAUGAGUGUAUGGGUUUGUACUCUCUGGAGGGUAGAAGGAUGAAGGGGAGACCUCAUUGACAUUUCUGGAAUAGUGUAAGGUCUGGAUCGAGUGAAUGUGGAGAGGACGAUUCCACUGGUCUAGAAUUAGAGGCCAUAGACUCAGAAUAAAAGGACGUACCUUUAGAAAGGAGAUGAGAAGGAAUGUCUUUAGUCAGAGGGUGGUGAAUCUGUGGAAUUCACUGCACAUACGGCUGUGGAGGCCAUCAGCGGAUAUUUUUAAGGCGUAGAUUGACAGAUUCUUGAUUAGUACGGGUGUAUGGGGUUAUGGGGAGAA